AUGAUGAUGACGAUGAUGCUGAUGACCAUCGUGCUAGAGGCGGUGGCCUCCGUGGCCAGAGCCGAGGAGAAGGUGACCCAUGCGGUUGGGUCAUGUUUGGCCAACAAUAUCCAGCGCACCUGUAUCUGUCAAGGCAGCAGGGUCACAAAGAUCCCCUCUAACAUACCCAACAACACAGUCUACCUGGAACUUCAGGAGACACAGCUCGAUGAGAUUCCCGGGGGCGCCUUGACCAACCUGCAGCAGCUCAAGAAAAUUAUUGUGAGAGAGAAUACUGCAUUGGAGGAGAUUGGCGAGUACGCAUUCUACUGUCUCCCCAAUCUUGAUAGCAUAAUGAUAACUCGGGCCCCGAGCCUGACUGUGAUCCAUCCAAAUGCAUUCGUGAACCUUACGAAGCUGCAGACCCUGGACAUCUCCAACACUGGACUGAAGGUUUUUCCAGACUUCACCCGGGUCAAUUCCACUGUCAACUUUAUGUUAUCCCUGAUAGCGAACAUCUUCCUAGAGAGAAUCCCGGCCAAUGCCUUCAGAGGGCCCCUCUGCAAUCAAACUAUACUCUCGAUACGGAUGGUCGGAAACGGCAUCAGGGAGGUGGAAAGUGACGCCUUCAAUGGCACCAAGAUAUACAUGUUGGUAUUGAAAGGCAACCAAAAGCUUACUCACAUUGAUCCAAACGCCUUCCCUUGCUUGUACUUCUGUGUUUGCAGGGAUGUCUCCCAGACAGCGGUGAGCUCCCUGCCCAUGUCUAUCAUGGACGGACUCGACAAACUGAUUGCAGAGUCGGCCUUCAGUCUUAAAGAGUUGCCUCCUCCGCAGCUGUUCACCAAACUACAAAAAGUGAACCUCACCUACCCUUCACACUGCUGCGCCUUCCACGAUAUGUUGAUGAACAGGUCCCAGAAGAGCUGGCUGUGCAACCACCCUGAGGCUCAGGGUGAUCGUCACUUCUACAGGUUGCACUGCUACAACUCCCCCUCCAUCACCUGCAGCCCCACUCCCGAUGCCUUUAACCCCUGUGAGGACAUCAUGGCCGUCACCUUCUUACGGGUCCUCAUCUGGAUCAUCUCCAUCCUUGCUAUUCUGGGAAAUGCUCUGGUCCUUCUGGUCUUGUUAGGUAGCCCCACCAAGCUGACUGUACCUCGUUUCUUCAUGUGCCACCUGGCGUUUGCUGACCUCUGCAUGGGCAUCUACCUGUUAGUCAUAGCGACCGUGGACAUAAUCACUCAGGGCCACUACAGCAACUAUGCCAUUGACUGGCAGAAAGGCCCGGGCUGCAGCGCUGCAGGCUUCUUUACGGUGUUUGCCAGUGAGUUGUCAGUGUUUACGUUGACCGCCAUCACCCUGGAGCGCUGGCACACCAUCACGCAUGCGAUGCGCCUCGACCGCAAACUCCGCAUGCGGCACGCCUACGUUGUCAUGGCAACAGGCUGGCUCUUCUCUUCCCUGGCCGCCCUGCUGCCCACUGUGGGGGUCAGCAGCUACAGCAAGGUUAGUAUCUGCCUGCCGAUGGAUGUGAUGUCUCUCGAGUCUCAGGUCUAUGUGGUGUUUCUCCUCCUCCUCAACGUACUGGCCUUCUUCUGCGUGUGCUGCUGUUACCUCAGCAUCUACCUGACCGUCCGCAACCACUCAUCGCCGCCAGCCCACGCUGACACCUGCGUGGCUCAGCGCAUGGCAGUGCUCAUCUUUACCGACUUCCUCUGCAUGGCUCCCAUUACCUUUUUCGCCAUCUCAGCCGCUCUCAACCACCCUCUCAUCACCAUCUCCCAUGCCAAGGUCCUCCUCGUUCUCUUCUACCCAAUCAACUCAUGCGCCAACCCUUUCCUGUACGCCUUCUUCACGCGCAAUUUCCGUCGGGACUUCUUUUUGCUGGCAGCACGCUUCGGCCUGUUUAAGACCCGGGCACAGAUUUACCGGACAGAGAGUUCCUCCUGCCAGCAGUCGACAUGGAUAUCCCCCAAGAGCAACCACGGUACGCUGUACUCAUUGGUCAAUUUCAGCCACUGAGAGCCUCACCUCUGA